AUGCAGAAGCUGCUGUCUGCAUUAAAUGAGAAAGGCAAACCAGUGCUAAGCACAAACAAUGCACUUGCCACUGAGUUUCAAGUGUGUAGGAAAACAAUCACACGUUUGUGGAAUGAAGUGAAGAAGCAGAUCAAGAAUAACAACACCGUGAUUAACCUCAACAGCAAGAGAGUGGGCAGACAAGCACCAAACAAAAUCCAAUUCGAUGAAGAAAAGUUUAAGGCCAUCAAAUAUGAACUCAAGUGCACUCAGCAUUCAGUAGCAAAGCAGAUGGAUGUGUCACAAACAACGAUGUGUAGGUGGAAGAAGAAAAAAGUCAUAAGAAAGCACACAAACGCAAUCAAACCCACUUUGAAUGAAAACAAGCUACACAGGUUAAGUUUUGCAUUAUCUAAAUGUGAAUAUGAUGAACAAAAUGAUUCAUUCAAGUUUAAGCCAUAUAAUAACGUUGUUCACAUAGAUGAAAAACAUUUCUAUCUAACCCAGGAGACACAAACUUAUUAUCUAGCUCCGGGUGAAGUAGAACCACAUAGAGAGUGUCAAUCUAAGAGGUUCAUUCCCAAAAUCAUGUUCAUAUGUGCUGUUGCAAAGCCAAUAUUUACAACUAAUGGUGAUGUCUUUUUUGAUGGUAAGAUAGAAAUAUGGCCAUUUGUUACACAGGAGCCAGUAAAAAGAAGCUCCAAGAACAGGAAGAGGGGGGGUUGGAAACAAAGUCAAUACAGUCAAUUACGAAAGAGCAUAUUAGAGCAAUGCUUAUAA